AUGGAGAAAUGGGAACUUAUUAAUAAAUAUCAUCUGAUUUUUAUUACACUUGCACGACCUUUUCAUUCAACGUCCCCAGCAUUCCAUGCGCUUGCUUUUGCUUUCAUUUGUUGCUUUUUCCUUAAGGGACCAGGAGUGUGUGGCGAAAUGCUUCAAGCAGUGGUUCAAUUUUUAAUUUUAUCCAAAAAAAAUUAUGGCAAAUAUCAUAAUAAAUCACCUCAAGGUUAA